AUGUCUGAGGCCACGCCGCUACUACUGGCUCAAACGGCUGCUUAUACAAAUGAAAUUCUACAGGGGAGGCUGAAUCAGACACAAGAUAAUGGAAAGAAGGCUAAGUUGGGCACGUUUGAGGGUGUCUUUCUCCCGACAACGCUCAAUGUGCUUUCGAUCUUGAUGUUCUUGCGUUUUGGAUUCAUUAUAGGACAAAUGGGUAUAAUGGGGUCAUUGUUGCUCUUGGUAAUGUCGUUUGUGAUCGACAUCUUGACCGUCUGCUCUGUUAGUGCUAUUUCGACAAACGGCACUGUUCGAGGAGGUGGAGCCUAUUACAUGAUUUCUCGAUCAUUGGGACCGGAGUUCGGUGGCGCCAUAGGCAUUAUCUUCUUCAUUGGCCAAAUCUUGAAUUCAUCCUUGAACGUUGUUGGUUUCAUUGAGCCGCUUUUGGUUAACUUCGGCAAGGCCCAAGGCGAUGUGCUACCUUUGCUACCUGUGUCUUACUGGUGGCAAGUGAUCUACUCCACAAUCCUUCUUAUGCUUUGUACUAGUGUGGCACUUGUUGGUGCAUCCUUGGUGUCGAAGACGGCAUUUUGGUUGUUCAUCCUACUCACUACCAGCACUCUUCUGAUCCCGCUUUCUGCAUUAAUAGUCGGGCCGGGAAAUCCCCUUUCCCCUCCGUACGACGAUUUGUGGUACUCGGGUAUAUCUUGGAAGACAAUACAAGAGAAUCUAUGGCCAAACUUCACGAGUGGAGCAGCUGGAUCCUUGUUACCUCCAGGUGAACCAGAGACUUUCAAAAACCUUUUCGGGAUAUUCUUCCCUGCCACUGCUGGAAUUUUUGCUGGAGCAUCAAUGUCUGGCGAACUCAAAAACCCCUCACGGUCGAUUCCUAGAGGAACACUAUUUGCAUUAAGCCUUAGCUUCUUUCUUUACUUCUUAGUCAUUAUCUCAUUGGGUGCUUCCGUCCCCAGAGAAUUAUUUCACAAGGACAUUAAAAUCAUUCAGACGGUUAACAUAAAUGGGUUGAUUAUCAUCAUUGGUGAGGUUUCGACGUCCCUAUUCUCAGUCAUCAUGGGCAUUGUGGGUGGUGCCACUGUACUCAACGCAAUUGCUGUUGAUAAAAUCAUUCCAGGUUUGUCAUGCUUCUCAACAGCUCGAAAGCUGCCAAAGGAGAAAAAGCGUGCCCAAUCAUACGCCAUAUUGCUCACUUGGGCUAUCGCUCAGGUUUUCCUUUUCUCUGAUAUCAAUCAGAUUGCUACAUUCAUCACGAUGGCAUUCCUCAUGACCUUUUUGGUGACAAAUCUUGCAUGCUUUCUUUUAAGAGUCGGGUCUGCGCCAAACUUCAGGCCUUCAUUCAAAUACUUCAGCACAAAAACCGCUUUUUCAGGAGGCUUGGUCUCAGUGCUUGCAAUGUAUUUAGUGGACGGUGUAUCCGCUACGUCAGUCAUAGUGUUUUUGAUUUUCCUCAUCAUGAUUAUUCACUACACCACGCCGCCACUGAACUUCGGCGACAUCUCUCAAUUAUUGAUCUAUCAUCAGGUUCGAAAAUACUUACUACGCUUGAAGCUAAAUAUGAGUGUCAAAUAUUGGAGACCUCAAAUCCUACUCCUUUGCGACAACCCACGUACAUCGUGGAAUUUGAUCGCAUUUUGCAAUCACUUGAAGAAGGGCGGCCUUUAUAUUUUAGGUCAUGUUGUAUUGAUGAGUGAUGACUCGGCGGGCCAGAGUGAUGUGAAUUCUGAAUUCAAUGUCUCUUCGUACAAAGAAAUUCGAAAGCAGAAAAAUGCAUGGACUAAACUCCGUGAUAUGGCCAAAAUCAAGGCCUUCGUUCAAAUUGCCAUCGGUCCUUCCCUUCCUUGGGGCGUCAGGAACGUCUUUCUUGGUUCUGGUUUGGGAGGAAUGCGUCCGAACAUCACGGUUUUAGGAUUUUAUGAUUCUCAGAAACAUGGCGUUGAAUUGCCGUUGAAGCAGGAACAAAGAUCCUUGUCCACGCUCCAUCUACCCACUGAUGAGUGCAGAAAGGAGAGGAAAGUAUCUGUCAAUCAGUGGGUUCAAAUUGUGGAAGAUCUAGUGAUAAUGCAAGCCACUGUCGCUGUUGCGGGUAAUUUCAGCCGUAUGGAGGUACCCAUCCUCCUGGGCAGUAGAUGGACAAGAAAGUUCAAAAGUGAUGCUGAGAAGAGAUAUAUUGAUCUUUACCCAAUUCAGAUGUCAUCAAUUUGUUUAAUGGAUGACGGCAAAUCUGUGAUGUCCACCAAUUUCGACACAUAUACUUUGAUUCUUCAGCUUGGUGCUAUCCUUUCGACAGUCGACGAAUGGGAAAAGAACAAUUAUCAUUUGAGAAUUAUCGUUUUUGUUGAAAGCGCCAAUGAGGUCGAAGACGAAUUGACGAGACUUAAAGAUUUGCUUGUCUCUUUGAGAAUCGAUGCGGAAACAGUGGUGAAGUGUUUCGAGGAUGGUUUCCUUCACUCUUACAACUUCAUGGUAAAAGGCUAUACUGUGUCCCCUGCUACACAGAAAGAUUUCAACCACAUAAACCAUGUGCUUCACAGUGAUCAAUGGUGGAUUAACUUAUGUGAUGCUCGGGAAUCUAUGCGCCAGAUCGAGAGGCAAAAGUUGCAGAGAAGGCGGUCUGGCAAAAAGAUGAAGUCCAUCGAUAUCAAAGAUGAACGGAAGUAUGACCCUGUUCUGUUCAAUCUUUCGAAGAGUAACAGCUCACCCAUUACCGGACCAAGUCUUAAAAACAACAGACGUUACACUUUAUCAAACUUGCAUGGUCAAGGUUUGUCACUUUCCUUUAACAUGAAGGCACAAGGCGGAGAAAGCUUUUAUGCCUACGAGUCGGAAGACAGCAGUGAUAGCGAGUUGGAAGGAAGUGUUCACAGCAGUGUUGGGGAUGGCACCGGUAGGCAGCGGACUCCCGAAAUCUCCAGUCCCGAGCAACGACCAUCAGAAGAAUCUUCACCUUUGGGAAAGAAACCGUUGAGGACGCCCAAUCCGCCACCCUCAUCUGCUAAUCAGCAACGCCACCCUCAAAGAGACUAUGGUAACAAGCCAGGUAACGCUCUCUUGGCAAAGUACACCACUUCACUAGGUGCUAUGUCCUCUGACCAGCUCUCGGUCAAAUCGUCUAUGUCGAACCUUCGUCCAAACUUCCUGUCGGUAAAGAUACCUCAAUCUAGAGUAAGAGAUGAGGAGGAUGAAGAGCCUCUGGCGCCUCAAGAUGAAGAUGAUGAGCAUAGCGAGACUAACAAACCGCUGAUUCAAUUCAUCGAGGAUGAACAAGACAAGGCAAAGGGCUCUCUGAAGGAUCCAGCUGAGAAGAGUUUGGCUGCCAAGGUACCAACACCAAGAAACGAAAGCUCACUUUCAAUUGCCCAAAGGCCCAGCAUGAAGAGGGCACCAUCCAUCAUUGCUAAUAAUGACAUUAAGGAGCAUAUCAGAUCACCAAAAUUUGUCACGGGAGACGAUGACGACGAAGAAAUACAUGAGGAGAAUUUGAAUCACCCUACAGAUACAACAGAUUCAGAUAGCGCCCCCAUGACCAAAAAGCUUACCCUGAGACAACUUCUGGAAGAAUUGAAAAACCUCACAUUCAAUGAUUUACCAGCGAAGGGUCAACAUAUCAUCUUAAAUGAGCUCAUGAGGCAGAUCUCUGGAGAUGGUAAGACUGCAGUGAUUUUCUCCACACUUCCAGCCCAGUGA